AUGGAGCAAUUUAAGGGUAGAGUUCCAGGUGUUAAAGUAAAACCUGUUGACACAACUGGCGCAGGGGAUGCUUUUGUUGGCGGGAUACUGAACGGCUUAGCUACUGACAUGAACCUUUACCAGGACGAGAAGAAGUUAAGAGAAGCUCUUCUUUUUGCAAAUGCCUGUGGUGCCAUUACUGUAACAGAGAAAGGAGCAAUUCCAGCCCUUCCCACAAAAGAGGCAGUCCUCACUAUCUUGACUGAAAUUACUGCAUGAGAGAUAACUCUCUCUCUCUCUCUCCUGUAUAUGUUUCUACCAGGCUAAAGUAAUUUGGAUUUCCCUGCUGCUGGGGUAAUAAGGAGCCCUAUACUUUCUUCCUUUGCUCACCAUGUUUAUGGACGGCUAGACGGAUAGAGGCUACGAUCGGGUUGUGGCGUACACCGCCUUUUGAACCUACCCACACAAGUUCGUCUUGAUUCACAAGUGUUGAUAUAAACAAACGGGAAAUUUAUUUAAGAAAUCUGGAUGUACAUUGAAAAAUGCAUCUAUUUUGCAAAAAUUUUGUACUAUUGACCUUCCUG